AUGGGAAGCACCUGCACCAAUGCACCACCACCUGCCCUUGGCACCUCGCUCACCUCACUGCAGGUGCUCGGUGUCUUCGCCCCCCGGGGCAGGCCAGCCAACAGGCCACUUCCCGCCCACACCCCCCUAAAAACCCAGCCUAAAGCAACCACCUACCUCAGAGGGCGACGUUAA